AUGUCCGACACUACCAAAUCUGCUGAAAAUGUCGAGCAAGUGGAGCGGCCUGAGGUUGCUACAGGCCCGAAGCCAAUUGCUGCAGUCGAUACGCUUCACCACGACGAAGCGAUGAAAAUUCUCGACAGAUACACAGGCGGCCGUGGUUGGGCGGAAACAGAGGAAUCCAAGCUGCGUCAUAAAGUAGACUGGAAACUUAUGCCUGUCCUUUGUCUGACGUACGGUUUACAAUAUUACGACAAAGCAAUGCUUUCCCAAGCGGCUCUGUUUGGGCUUAGAACCGAUUUGGACCUCACUGUUAGCGAUAGAUACUCAUGGUCCGCUUCUAUUUUCUACCUCGGUUUCAUUGCUGGCGCCUAUCCUGCUAUGAUCUUAGCACAGAAGUUUCCCGUGGAAAAGGUCGCAUCAGUCAUAGUCACUCUUUGGGGCUUGUGCCUCAUCUUGACUACAUCAUGCUCAGACUACCGUGGCUUGUACGUUCAGCGAUUUUGCCUUGGUUUGCUGGAAUCCGGGAUCUCCCCUAUGUUCAUGUUGAUCGUCGGGAGCUUUUACAAGAAGAAUGAACAGGCAAUGCGCAUGGGCAUUUGGUACAGUUGCACUGGAUACGUUUCUAUCUUCUCUCCUCUUAUUAACUAUGGAUUCGGCAAGCUUAACGGAGGCGUCUCUUCUUGGAGAUAUAUGUUUUACUUUGCUGGCUCCCUGACUAUUGCCUGGGGUCUUCUUCUCUACUUCCUCCUGCCUGCCGACCCCAUUAGAGCUAAAGGCUUUAACGAAAGAGAGCGUUACAUACUUGUUGCCCGCCUCAGGAGUAACAACUCUGGUGUGAGAAACACCCACUACAAGAUGGAUCAAGUUGGGGAGCUCGCGCUAGAUAUGAAGUUCUGGCUUGUAUUUGCGGUGGCAUUUCUUUGCAUGAUUGCAAAUGGUCCUAUAUCGACUUUUGUCCCUAUCAUCAUCAACGGCUUCGGAUUCAGUACUCUUAAUUCGCUCCUGCUUACGAUGCCUGCAGGUGCAUAUGGAGGUACGGUGCAACUGGUCAUGCCAUACGUUGCAUAUAAAUUCAAGAAUUGUCGGACGUGGGUUAUCUUUGGGGCACAACUAGGGACCACAUUGGCGGCCAUUCUACUCUGGCUUCUACCCAGAUCAGCCAAGGGUGGUUUGCUGUUUGCUGCAUAUAUAUUGCCGUCUGUUGGAGGUGGCUAUGCGGUGCUCAUGGGUCUUCAAAUUGCAAAUACAGCUGGCUACACCAAGCGAUCCAUUGCUUCAUCUGGUUUGUAUAUUGGGUACUGUCUAGGUAACUUCGUUGGUCCACUCGUCUUCCGGAAGCAAGAUGCACCGGAGUAUGCUUUCGGUUUCAUUGUGGUUGUCAUCACGUCCCUGGCCGCAGGUAUUCUUUGUCUGGUUUAUCGCUUCCAUUGUGUGUGGCAGAACAAUCGGCGGGACCGGGGUGGCACGAUGGAGGGAUUCGAUCACGCCUAUGACGAUGAUCUGACAGACAUCAAGUAG